AAUACUCAGGCUCAUUGCUGGAGCAGUUGCAUUGAGGCUUGACUUAAAGCACUCUUGGUCUUUCACCUGAUUUUACGCACUCUCCUUUCCAUUGUUUCCAAUCACUUUCUUCGAUCUUCUUCAAAUCGUUCUUACCAAAAAACAAAAAAAAACAUGGCCGGGGCUUUGGUGGGUGAAGCUUUUCUCACUGCUUCCAUCGAUGUGCUGGUUGAGAGGAUUGCUUCUCGGGAUGUUUUGAACCUUAUCAAGGGAAAGAGGCUUGAGGAUGGGCUGCUGAAGAAACUGAAGCCUACUCUGAUGUCAGUUAAAGCAGUGAUGAAUGAUGCUGAAAGUAGGCAGAUUAAGGACCCAGACGUGAGAAGCUGGAUUGAUGAGCUCAAAGAUGCUGUUUAUGAUGCGGAAGACCUCCUUGAUGAGAUCGCUACCGAAGCUCUUCGAAGCAGGUUGGAAUCCGAGGAUCAAACUAGUACUGCGAAGCAGGUAUGUAGCUUUUUCUCUUCUCUCAAUCCUUUCAAUAGGGGGAUGGGAUCUAAGCUAGAAGAAAUCCUUGAGAGACUAGAAUAUCUAGUCAACCAAAAAGACAUCCUGGGUUUGAAAGAAAGUAGAGGAGAGAAGUCAUUUCAAAGACCUCCUGCAACUUCUCUGGUGGAUGAAUCCGGUGUUUGUGGUAGAAAUGAUGAAAAAGAAGCGAUCAUGGAGUUGCUGAACCCAGAAUAUGCAAGUGCAAAUCAGAUCGAUGUGAUUCCAAUAGUGGGUAUGGGCGGGGUUGGUAAAACCACCCUUGCACAAUUGAUCUACAAUGACAAGAGAGUGGAAGAAUGGUUUGACCUCAAAGCAUGGGCGUGUGUUUCAGAGGAAUUUGAUGUUUUCAGGGUAACCAAGACCCUUCUUGAUGAGAUCACUUCUAGCACUGGUGAUAGUGAGAACCUAAAUAAGCUUCAACUUAAACUAAAAGAGAUGCUGUUGGGAAAGAAGUUUCUAUUUGUUUUGGACGAUGUUUGGAACGAGAAAUAUGUUGAUUGGGAACAGUUGAGAAGUCCUUUCAAUUUUGGGGCGAAAAACAGCAAGAUUGUUGUAACAACACGUAAUCAAGAGGUUGCACGCAUUAUGGGGACUGUUCCAACUCAUCAUCUUAAUGUCUUAUCUGAUGAGGAUUGUUGGUUGUUAUUUGCAAAACAUGCAUUUGUUAAUGCAAGCCCAAGCAUGGCUCCAAAUUUGAAGGAAAUCGGUGAAGCAAUUGCCAAAAGAUGCAAAGGCCUCCCUUUAGCAGCAAAAACACUUGGAGGUCUGCUUCGUUGUAGAACAGAUGUUAAGGAUUGGAAUAAGGUAUUAAACAGCAGUUUGUGGGACAUAACAGAUGAUAUUCUUCCAGCACUCAGAUUAAGUUAUUAUUAUCUUCCUUCUCAUUUAAAGCGUUGCUUUGCAUAUUGUUCAAUUUUUCCUAAAGAUUAUGAAUUCGGAAAGGAAGAACUCAUUCGGCUAUGGAUGGCUGAAGAUCUUUUAGCAUACUCCGGAGAAGUUGUAAAUAUGGAGGAUCGGGGUAAUGAGUAUUUCAAAGAUUUAACAUCCAGGUCAUUUUUUCAACAAUUAAGUGGGAAUAAGUCUUGCUUUGUCAUGCAUGACUUAAUUAGUGACUUAGCAAAAUCUGUAUCCGGAGAAUUCAUUUGUAGAUUGGAAGUUGGUGAUAGACUUUCAUGUAACAUAACUAAAAGGACCCGUUAUUUCUCUAAUGUCCAAGAAAAAUACGAUGUACUUAAAAAAUUUGAAGUUUUACCUGAAGCAAAAGGUUUGCAUACAUUCUUAAAUUUAAAGUCACGAUUAUGGCGUUGUUAUGUUACCAAUGUGAUAAUGGAUGAUUUGAUCAUAAAAUUCAGAUCUUUACGAGUGCUUUCUUUGGUUCAUUAUCAUAAUAUCAAUAAGUUAUCAGAAGAAAUUGAAAAAUUAAAGCAACUGCGUUAUUUGGAUUUAUCUAAAACUUCAAUUGAAAGGUUACCAAACUCAUUGAGUACAUUGUAUAAUUUGCAAACGCUACUCUUAUCUGAGUGCCAAAAGCUUGUUGAGUUGCCUGAAGACAUGGGAAGAUUGAUCAACAUGCAUCAUCUUGACAUCAAGGGUACCAAGUUAGUAAGGAUGCCACCAGGAAUGGAUAAAUUGAAAGAUCUUCGAACGUUAACAGAUUUUGUUUUGGGUGAGCAAAAAGGUUCAAGCAUAAGUGAGUUGGGAAAGCUCAAGAAUCUACGUGGAAGGCUUGUGAUUUCAAAUUUACAAAAUAUUAUUUGUGACAGGGAUGCCAAAGCUGCCAAUUUGAAGGAGAAGAUCAACCUUAGGGAGUUGGAGUUGAAAUGGAGUGAGGAUUGUCAUACUAAUGAUGAUUCAAAGCAUGAUAGAGAGAUACUUGAACAACUGGAGCCUCACACAAACUUGGAGCAUCUUGGUAUUGAGUUUUAUAGAGGUACAAGAUUCCCAGAAUGGGCGGGGCAUUCUUCCUUCUCGAAGCUAGUAUCUUUGCACUUGAAGGGUUGUAAAUUUUGCUUGUUCUUGCCGCCACUUGGGCGAUUAUCAUCUUUGAAAUCUCUCUCCAUUAGUGGGUUUUCUGAAGUAGUAACAGUGGGUGAUGAGUUCUAUGGGCAGGGUGAUGCUUUGAGUAAACCAUUUGGAUCUCUUGAAAUUCUAAGAUUCACAGAUAUGUCAGAGUGGGAAGAAUGGUUUUGCUUGAAUGAUGGAGCUUUCCCUCUUCUCCAAGAGUUGCACAUGGUAAAUUGUCCCAAGUUAACCAAGUCUCUGCCCAAACACCUCCCUUCUUUAUUGAAACUUAAGAUUGAGAGAUGUGGGAAGCUUGGAGGCUUG